CCUUCGCCCUUCCUCCAAUUUCUCGCGGCGUUCGUCCCGUCCAAAAUAUCGCCCCCCCGCGAUCCCCUACCUCGCCGCCGACUGGCUCCCCCUCCACCUCGCCGCCGGGCAGCGGAGACCCCUCAGGGCCGGGAUCGGGUUCCUCCUUCCCCGAUUUUUCCAUGCACGUUAGGCUAAAAAUGCUUUGGUCUGAAACCUAUCUGCUCUUUUUUCUGGCCAAUGAUGGUGUCAGCAACAUGUAUCAACGAUGAUGAUCUGCCGCUGAAGCUUGCUCAAGCUGCAAUAAAGCAUGACGGUUGUGCACAUAAUGAUGCUUAAUCAUUCAUGCUGCUAUACCCUCGAGUGGAACUUCCUUCUUCUGAUGCAACCAUAUAUAGGUGGACCUAGUUUUGAGGUGUCUGCGAUGAGUUUUGAAGGCGGCGAGGGAUCUUUGCUGCGGAGUUCUAUUUGUUCUCAGUGAUUCUUGGCAAGCGCUCUUUGUUAAAGUUAAUAACCAUGGAAAGGUACAAAUUGUUACGGGAGAUAGGUGAUGGAACCUGUGGGAAUGUUUUUAUGGCUUAUAAUGUAGAAACUAAUGAAAUUGUUGCCGUUAAAAAAAUGAAGAGAAAGUUUUUCCAAUGGGAAGAAUGCGUUAGUCUUCGAGAAGUGAAGGCUCUUCAGAAACUAAUUCACCCUAACAUUGUGAAGCUGAAGGAGGUGACGAUGGAAAAUCAUGAGCUGUUCUUCAUCUUUGAACACAUGGACUGUAAUUUAUAUGAUGUCAUAAGAGAAAGGCAAGUUCCUUUCUCUGAAGUGGAUAUACGGAAUUAUAUGGUCCAAAUACUGCAAGGUCUUGCUUAUAUGCAUAAUAAUGGAUUCUUCCACCGCGAUUUGAAACCUGAGAAUUUGUUGGUGACAAAUGGUAUUGUUAAAAUUGCUGACUUCGGGUUGGCAAGAGAAGUAUCUUCCAAUCCUCCUUACACUGAUUAUGUUUCCACCAGAUGGUAUCGGGCUCCAGAGGUUCUACUACAAUCUUCAGCUUAUACACCUGCUAUUGACAUGUGGGCGGUUGGUGCUAUUUUGGCUGAGCUUUUUACACUGUCCCCACUUUUUCCUGGUGAAAGUGAGACAGAUCAGCUUUACAAAAUAUGCACUGUGCUUGGGACCCCUGAUUGCACUAUCUGGCCAGAGGGAAUGAACCUGCCUCGUUCAUGUAGCUUUAAGUUUUUUCAGAUUCCUCCAAGAAACUUAUGGGAACUUAUUCCUAAUGCUUCAUUGGAAGCAAUUGACUUGAUCCAGCAACUUUGUUCCUGGGAUCCACGAAGGAGGCCAACUGCUGAGCAAGCAUUACAGCAUCCCUUCUUUAAUGUGUGCAACUGGGUACCAAGACCUGUCCAUGAUGCUUCCCAUACAAAAAUAAAUGAAACUAAAACACAACCGAGAUUGGAACUGAAUCUUUGGGAUUUCAGCACAGAACCUGAUGAUUGUUUCCUUGAUUUAACUCUCAGUCUAAAGCCAAGUUUUCCUGGAACAGACCUUGCUAACCAUGUUCCACAACGUACAGAAGAGGAAAUUCUACUGUACUCAGGAUUUGAGAAUACCCCUGUGAAGUCCGGUUUUUGGCCUCUGGUGCCAUCUGAUCGUCCCGUUGGUGAUGUUCCCGUCAUACCAUCCUGGCAGCAGGCGUAUAUGGUUGACAGCCAAGCCGCACUGCCAGGAUUUUCUGGUUCUCCGUUCGGCCAUUCGUUGCAGCCGAACCUGUUGGAGAACCAUUCGCUAGCACCAAUCCGGCAGGUGAAUUUCUUCUGACGGAGACAGGAUUAACAGAUUGAUGAGCAUUCAUACGAUUCUUGCGUUCUUCUUGAUACUUCCAGCUUCUCGCUGUAUACACACUAGCUUGACUCGAAUAAGUGGCGGCAGGCAGUAGAUGAAAUGUAUAUACAGUUCGUAGCUCUUGAUCUUUCUUUUUUUUUCCCUCCUUCUCCACCACCUUUUUUUUUCGUCUGGUCGUAUACCACAUCGUCCCCUAUGUAAAUAACGGCAUGGACAUCUCUCUCCCAAAAGAAACAAUUUUGUAUGAGCGAUGUUGCAGUGAUGUGGAUGAGCACCGAGUUGCUGAGCA